AUGUUACCAUCAUUGAUGCUCCAGGUCACCGUGAUUUCAUCAAAAAUACGAUUACUGGCCGAUUGUGCUAUUUUGGUCGUUGCUGCUGGUACUGGUGAAUUCGAAGGUGGUAUCUCGAAAAAUGGUCAAACACGUGAACAUGCUUUACUUGCUUACACCAUGGGUGUCAAACAAAUGAUCGUCGUCGUGAACAAGAUGGAGACAACUGAACCACCAUAUUCAUACGGACGAUUCGAAGAAAUCAAAACCGAAGUCUCUGCUUACAUCAAGAAGAUCGGUUAUGCCUACAAAGGUGUCGCUUUCGUUCCCAUCUCGGGCUGGGACGGUGACAACAUGGUUGAACCAACAGAAAAAAUGCCAUGGUACAAGGGAUGGUCGAUCGAACGAAGAGAAGCAAACGCAAGUGGUAAAACACUCUUAGAAGCUCUCGAUGCCAUCGUCCCACCAGCACGACCCACUGACAAACCACUUCGAUUGCCACUCUCAGAUGUCUACAAAAUCGGUCGUAUCGGUACCGUGGCCGUCGGUCGAGUGGAGACUGGUGUUCUCAAACCCAACAUGGUCGUCAGCUUUUCUCCAUCGAACUUGCAAGCAGAAGUCAAGUCGAUCGAAAUGCAUCACGAGCCUCUCGACGGUCAGUACGAAAGAAAAACGCACCGAUGA